AUGUUGCAUUCUUAUCAAAAGCUGGCCAUAGGCGCCAAAUCGAUUCUAUGUUGCAUUCUUAUCAAAGCUGUCCGUGGCCAAAUCGAUUCUAUGUUGCAUUCUUAUCAAGAAGCUGGCAAUGGGCAACUUAAUCGAUUCUAUGAUGCAUUCUUAUCAAAAGCUGGGCAUGGGCGCCGUCGAUCUAUGAUGCAUUCUUAUCAAAAAGCUGGCCAUAGGCGCCAAAUCGAUUCUAUGUUGCAUUCUUAUCAGAAGCUGGCCAUUGGCGCCAAAUCGAUUCUAUGUUGCAUUCUUAUCAAGAAGCUGGCCAUUGGCGACAAAUCGAGUCUAUGUUGCAUUCUUAUCAAGAAGCUGGCCAUAGGCGCCAAAUCGAUUCUAUGUUGCAUUCUUAUCAAGAAGCUGGCCGUUGGCCCCAAAUCAUUCUAUGUUGCAUUCUUAUCAAGAAGCUGGCCAUAG